AUAUAUAUAAGUCCUCCUCUCAAUUCGCUUUUAUUGAAACAGAGGUGAGAGAAAAGCAGAGGAAAAACAAAAAGUGGAAGAGAAGAAGAGAGAUCGAUGUUUCACAUGAAAAAACAGAGAAUUUCACAAGAAAGAUCUGAUCUCUUUGAUGGGUUACCUGAUGAUAUCAUCAUCUCCAUUCUCUGCAAGCUCAGUUCCACCGCUAGAUGCCCUUCAGAUUUCAUCAAUAUUCUCUUAACGUACGUAUGCAAAAGACUAAACCGGUUGGGUCUCCAUCCACUGGUUCUUUCCCGAGCCGGUCCAAAAACAUUUUCUAUCAAAGCCAACAACUGGUCCGAGUCCACUCACCGCUUCUUACAAAACUGUGUUAACUCCGGCAACAUCGAAGCAUGUUAUACUCUCGGAAUGAUCCGAUAUUAUUGUCUUCAAGGGCGACGGAGCGGAGCGUCGCUGAUGGCCAAGGCGGCGAUGAAGUCUCACGCGCCGUCGCUGUACUCGCUCGCUGUGAUUCAGUUCAACGGCAGUGGUGGCUCCAAAGACGAUAAGGACCUCCGAGCCGGCGUGGCUCUGUGCGCCCGAGCCGCCUCCCUCGGCCACAUCGACGCGCUCCGUGAGCUCGGCUACUGCCUCCAAGACGGCUACGGCGUGAGCCAAAACGUAGCCGAGGGGCGCGGGCUCCUUAUCCAAGCCAACGCGCGGGAGCUCGCGUGCGUCCUACCCGCCGCCGUGCGGUCGUCUUCGGAUUUGGUUACGUGGCUCUGUCAGAACCCCCCACCGGUGGGGGGUUGUCAUGUGCCGGCACGUGAGGUGCACCCUGCGCACCGGUUCUUGACGGAGUGGUUCGGGUCGAGGGACGGUGGGUCGGGUCCGGAUGUGAGGUGCUCGCAUUCGGGUUGUGGUCGGACCGAGACGCGGCGAAACGAGUUUCGGAGGUGCUCCGUGUGUGGGGCGGUGAACUACUGCUCACGUGGGUGUCAGGCGCUGGACUGGAAGUUGCGCCACAAGGCGGAGUGCGGCACGCAUGGCCCACGGAAUUGAUCCGGACGGUGGUGAUGGCAAAUGAUCGGAUGGCUGAGGUUGGAUAAUCUAUUGUGGGGGCCAGGCUAUUUGAUGAAUGAUGACUAACCAUAGAUAUCGAAGUCAAAUGUCUCUUUAAAGUUUGUACAUAUUGUUCAUGGUAAGUUUUCUGUGGUCCAUAUCUUUUGAAUGUUUGUACAUAUAAAGGAGAUUUUGGAGGACAAUUAUAGUUUUUAUUAUUAA